AAAUUGAUUCAUAAUAGUAGUACUAUUUGGCGAGAAAUGGACCCAACGGUAGCUGAUCAGGGAUACUAUGGCAUCAUUAAAUUGAUCCAGUAUCUUUCUGGAUUGAUCAAUCACUAUGGUGAUAUGAAUUGCCAGGAGUACAAAAGCAGACAAUUGGCUAUUGGAAAGCUUACGUUAACUGCUUGGAAAUCCUAUGAACAAUAUUGGGUUAUUUACACAAACGGUAAUAACUAUCGGCGCCAGAGAUUAGGUGCCACAAAAUUAGUGACCAUUUUGAUGGCAGAAAUGUAUGUAACUUUUGAUGAGUUGGUCCAAAAUUUCAGUCAACAGGAAAUUCAAGAGUUGACUUAUCUUAUAAAUCAAUAUGACUAUUGGAUUCGUCAAAUAUACAUUGAUCUUUAUCGACAUCACAUCGCUUAA